AUGACUGAUGGACAUACCGAAAGGCGGGAAGUUGAUGGUUUAUCAUGUCAAAUCAACGAGGACCUUAUUGAGAUGGAAGUCCUAAUAUUGCCAAUGGUUUCCGAUCCAUCACAGAAUGAAGUGAGAGUUCCAGCUUCUUCCUUAUCCGCUGAGUCGCAUAAAAUCUUGAAGAGGGUAAGACAAAACCCCAUUUCUUUGGAAGACAAUUCAGUUCUACUGUCCACAUGCGAUGCAUUGUUUGCAAAUUCAGAAGUAUGGCACAGGACCACCCAAUACCGACAGUUAUUUCCCCAUUUUAGCCACUAGUCUUAUGACGGUAUCUAUCAGUGAUUCUGUUGGCGAUGGCAUCCCCAUGUUUGUUCCGAGAUACUAAACUUAAAUUAACGCGUCCCAUUGAUAAAGCGAUAUUGACAAUUGGGAGCCCUGAAAGUUAACCAACAAGAUAAUACAAAGUUCAGCUUCCUAAUCAAGGACUCUUUUUGGGCAAAAAUACCAAAUUAUCAUCAGGGCGACUUUGCUGUUGAACAGAUUAAAAACCUUUGGUGUUUAUUUUUCAAUUUUUCUCCGGAUUAACUCUUCCGAGGCCACAUCAAUAUUUACGCAGUAUUAUAUACUCACCAUCUUUGAUCGACCUUGCUAGCCGCUUCGUCGCAGGUGAUCUUGCUCCCUACCUUAAAAUCCUUUUUCAAGAUAUAUAUGUAUCAAAUUCUCGCUUUACGGCUUAAGGUUUUGCAGUGGACUCCACGAGUUUAAGCCACCAUCCCGUCGGCCGCACUCAGUCGAAAUAGAAAAAAAAGAAGAACACCGUAGUAUAUUAAACAAAAUACAACAGACCAGCUACUUGUUAAAUCAAGGGUGGAACCAUUUCCAAAUUUUUGUUCUCACCGCAAUUUUCUGAAAUAAGGAAUCAGGAUUUUUUGGGAGGAUAGCAAACCUUCGGUAUGGUGGUAUCAGAAAAUGGAGAUCUGUCAUUGCACUAGACUUCUUUUAGAUCGUAGAAAUGGCCCAUUUGAAUUUUCCCUUACGUUUCUAAAUGCCUGAACCAUGUACUAGUUUUAUUUAAUUGCUUCAUUUAAGUAAAAAUAAUGUAUAGGUUUCUAGCAGGCCUCGCUUGGAAAGCAUCGCUUAGCACUGUGCCGCUAUCCAUGUUUACCCAUCCAAGACAAGAUUUGGAUCCUUUAGCCAUAUUUAAAGCUAACAACUUUUUCUGACUGUCAACGCGCUUAUCAUUAUGUUUUCCCACACGCCAUCUACAUGUAGUAAUUUUUGCUUAUCUUCCUAGAUUGCUGCAGAGAAUGAACUGGUGCUUUUGAACAUUGGCAAGGGGAAAUCCAGAUGUGUUGUUGUCAGAAAGAAAGCCAGCUUACAGCAACGACAAGCUUUGCAAAUGGAAACGGCCUUGAAGGCAGCCGAAGAAGACCGUCUAAAGAGAGAAAAAGAGGAACGGAGACUGCAGGCAGGUAAGGCCUUUCAGACUUUGUUGAUAUUAUUCGUCUUCCGUUUUCAGAAUUUGACCUUGCCAGAGAUCUUUUCGAUAAAAACGUAUGGUUUUGUGCACAGUAGACUUAUGCGACCGAAUAUAUAUAUGAUUACUGAACAUGAUUUCUGCACACACAGAACUUGGUUUGACAAACGAAGGUUUAAGCACUACAGUAUGCUAUGUCCUAACCUUUUGGAACCUUCGCGUCCUGCUCAUGAACCACUGACCAAAAGACUGGAAACAUAUUAACAAAAUACAUCAAUUUUUUAGCCAGCAACUAUAUGGCGCUAUUGAAACGCGUCAUAUCUGGGUUUGAAGUGCGUAUACUUACAUGAUGACUUUGAUUUUAAUAUGCUAGACGUUUCUGGUAGCAAGAUGUCAUCCACCACCGGGCUACAGUUAAAGCAGUUACAAUGCCAAUGACAAUGAGCACGAAUUAUGACGAUAUUUAAUUUAUUUAUUUUUUUGUCUAUUAAUUUAUUUUAUUUUAAUAGGAUUUCAUAUCCUGACACCUGAGAAGGUAGAGUCGGGAAGUACCUAAGAAUUUCAGCAUUGAGGAAAAGCCUUCCGGUCGGACGGAAACAUUCCGCUGUCGCUAGAUAAGAAGGAAGCGGGCGUGCCUUGGCCGGUAAUUUGAAAAUCGUCUUAGGUCCAUAUUAAAGGGUAGGAGGGGUCUAAGCAUACAGGCAAAACAGAUGAAUACAAAGGCUUCGUUUAAGUUUCCGAUAUCCAUUUUCCAUACCGCAGACAAGUGGUAGAAUUCUAAUGGGAGACAGAUAAAGCAUAAGUGUAGGUGACGGUCCGUGUCGACAAAACGCUUGAUAAGCGCUAGUCGGUGGCAAGGGAAGUGACGACUUUUAGACGACAUAGCAUGUGGUUACUUGCAUAACCUUAAUCAAACUAAACUAUUUUUUUCCUGUCCAAAAAAUAGACCGUUACAAGGUGGAUGGAUGCAGACCUAGUCAUCUUUGUCGGAAUACUGGAUGACAAUAUCGGGGAUAUAUUUGAGUAGCAACCAGCCACUGACUGACCUAAGAUUAUAACUAUAAAGAAAAUGAUUCCCGAAAUUGGACGGCUUUAUGAAACAGGUCACAAGUGAUUGGAAGUAGGCAGAUUUUCAUUUGCUAGACCGAAAACGAGUUUGAUCGAAAAUAAGAGCUUUCUGCGAGAUAGGAAAUGGUUUCGUUGGGAGAGAGGCACUGGACCUCCUUAGAAAAAAGGCGGCACACAGAAGAGAACCGGAUACCUUUACAAACGUUGCUUCGACUGUGAGAACUAGGUGCGCUUCGUUUUAUUCGCAACUUCUCAGAACGAGUGUAAAUGUGAAGAAGGUCAUUGCUGAAUCAGGGAUAAUUUGACGAGUGACCUUCAGCGGAGCUGCUGAACGUGCAGGCAGAUCGGCAAAUUUUGUAUAUUACGUACAUGUGAUAGUAAUUGGACAAACGGUCUUCUGUUUAAAAAAUCAAUGGCUUGCAGACAUCGCGCAAACCUCGUUAACAAAACUCCAGUACAUCAACUGCAUCUUUCGCAUGUUUUAUCUUAUCAAAGACAGUAGAAUGGAAGUAUAAAAGUUUCCUCUAUUUUUAAUGUUUAUUUUAAAAUUGAUAAUCUAAAACUUGAAGAGACUACUCUUUUGACAAUUGAAGAAAUAGAACGACCGACUGAACAACCAACGCACAUCACAAUGGCCAUCCAAACAACGGCACAAGAGGAGACGCUUGGCGAACCGCCGGCUAAGGUGAGCAGGCGUUGGCUACAGCUAUGUUUUAAGUACAUAUGUGCUUUUACUAUUAUUGAGAGAUCUUUUGUUAUAAUUUAGAGUCAGACGCAUUUGGCUUGAUUUGAGGUCCUGCUGACUGCUAACCAACUGUUCUCAAUUAAAGGGCCCACAACAACGGUUCGAUUUUGUUUGGCAUUAUACCGUGGGACUUGAAAAAGUCACUCUGUUGUCUUAUACCUCAAAAGGGCUUCUUAUACUUGGAGGAUUGACACAUAAAAUUUGAAAUAUUGUCUGUCUAAAAGCUUCAUUGCUUCGGAAUUCUGUCGUCGCGUCGUGUUGCGAUUUGUUAGUAUUUAUUGACCCUCUUCAUUCCAGCCGUGAACUCCAUUGACUUUGACUAAGUUCUGCAUUAAAAUGUGUAAAUUUAUCCCGAAGCUUGAACGAAGCCUACAAAUGACGAGGUAAUUUUCUUGGUCCCGUUGACAUCAACCUGACACUUGGACUUUUCCCUAAAGUUCGCUGUCAAGGAGGGAGAUGAUUUCAGUGUUGUCAAGCUCAACUUCUUAGUUGACAUAUGCCUCUCUAAGUAAGUAAUACUUUGAAGACGCCUUACGAAAAGCGGGAAAAAAGGCGUAAUUUAGUUGACGCCUUUCUUACCUUAUUGCACCAAAUCUAAAGUGUCUUGACUAAUCGAUAGUCCGAUCAGAAUUCUUUAAUUUAUUAUCAAAACGCACUUGUAGAAGUCGUGAUAAAUCUCGCCUUCUCACGUGUUUUAUGCGUGAACGAGCGGAAACGUACCCGCCGGAAACCCGUCAUAAGUGCCUUUUAUGCACGAUAAACUAGAGCUGAGGAUCAUCACUCUGCCGAUGUUUGUGUUCUGCUCACUCCGGUGUGUACUAGGGCCGCAGCGGUCGCGGCAAAAGGGCUCAGCAGCCUCCACCACCCGCCCAGCCCCCGAUGAAUGCGGCCGCCCGCCGGCGUGCUCGUCGUCAGGCCGCGGCCAAGGCGGCAGCCGCAGCCGCUCUUCGUCGCAGCCGCAUGGUCGAGACAGACGUGCAGACCUGUCCUCCCGACCACAGGGUCUGCCCCUGGUGCACCCUUGAUAUCCCCCCAGAAGCACAGUGUGGCCACGAGGAGGUCUGUAGGGCGGGCUUCAAGCAGCGCGAACGCCAGGCCAAGGUGGAGGCCCAGCUGGCUCAGCACAGGCUGGCGGUGGAGAAUGCCCGGCGUCGGAAACGAGGCCUGGCACCGAAAAAGGUAGCCAGCGGUCCCUCGACAACGAUGACUGCUACGCGUGCUCGUAACUCCAGCCGAAGCCCUUCCAGAAACAGAAGCCGCUCAAGAACUCGAUCAGUAAGUGGAAAAAACGAAUACUAAUGGGUAUUGUAGCGGGUAAACAGCUUUUGCUUUUCUAUACCCUUCCUGGAAUCUGGUCCAUGAGCACCUGCAUUAAGGGUGGUUCCUAUUGCCGUGUACUACCAUGUCCAUUCUUGUGUAUGCAUUUGGCGGCAACAUUUCUUCUUUGCAGUGACAAUUGCAUUACCUCCCACCACGAUUCAAAAUUGUUCUUCACAUUUUCCGGUAUUUCUCUUGGGAUCAGUUUGCAGAACGCAGUGAAACGUUCGCUAUUUCAGCAAAUUUGCAAACAGUCGCUUCCAAUACGUACUACGCAAAUAUAUGCAGAGCUUUGGAUAUUAGUAGGCGUUUGUCCGCCGGCGGUGUUCCGUAUUCUCUCAAUUCUCUUACCCAUUGGACGCCUCAUUGUCACGGAUUGUCAAAUAUCCCGGCGUUUUCUGAAUACUCCAUGUCCUCCACAAUAACAUUCAUCAUGUCCUCUCAGGAUAACACAUCGCUGUGUAAAUCGGGCCGUUAUUCUGGAAUAAAUCGCUAUUUAGAUUGCCGAACUGCCAGUCGCUACCAAACAUCAUUACACAUUGCUGUCAGACUCGACCAAAGCCUCCACACACGCCACAAACCAAAACUCACCCACAAAUUGCAUUCCGUCAUGUGCCAAAUUUCAUUUUUUGUCUAAAUAGCACUUGUUUCGGAGACCACAGAUAUAGUUAGAUAUAUAGUGCUCAAAUUAGUCUCCUUUUCACUAGAACACCGCCUUAUCUUCAUAAUGGUUAAGUUAUUCACGAUCCACGUCCGACGGCCGAGCUGAAUGAACUUUAAGAUGCCAAACAUCACCUGAGAGGUAGAUGAUCGCAACAGGGCUUUGCUGGUUUCUUCAGGAAGCAGAUCGUUUCAUCUAUAACUGUAAACAAUCGAGGACAUGUGAAAAUGGCGUGUCAGACGAUUAAUUUGAAAGGAAUCUAAUUAAAUUGGGAUUUCCGACACGCAAAAGUGACCAAGAAGUUUUUAAACUAAGAAUAAGACGAAGGAGCGGUACAGAAGGACCUCUAUACUGUUCUACGGGGAGAAUGUAAGAUAGCGAUGUCCUUGUCAACUCUAAGCUCCCCGUAAAAUCGCAUUCGCAUGUUCGGCCUACUUGCAUAUACCAGUUAUUACCACUUCGGCGACUCAUAGAAUUUCGUCAUGGCUACCAUCAGUCGAUGGCUAUCUUCUUUACUGGUUUCCCUCCAAGGUCCGAGUCCGUUCGCCGUAACCUCCUUGUCAGAUCAUGGGGUUCGAUGUUGUCCUGAUAGCAGAGAUAGAUAGAGAUCUACUACUGCUGCGACUGCAGUGGUUUAUAUUCCCUUUAAUACCUUUUAGAACUACUCAAUAUUGGCCUAGACGUUCGACAGGAACGCACCCUAUCGUCCAUCUUGUUCAGCUACGUCAUUAAAUGGACUCCCGAAGAGUCUAUACAGUUUCGUAGGUGCCUAACUUACGCCUGCAUUUGUUAUUAUUAUUGAUGCUCACCUCGAGUCCUUGAGCGAAUGGCCGGAUUGACCUUUGUUAAUCAGAAACAUUUUCAACUGUAGCUAUUGCCAAGAGAGAGGACCCCUUGUGAUUAAUGACUGUCAGAUUGAAGAUGUAGAAUCUCGAAUGUCCCGGAACCAAGCUGCUGCCAGACAGAUGGAGCACAGAUGACACUGUGGCCUGAGUAAAUACGGGCUUUUGCCACUGUCUGCGAACACCGUGAUCUCUCAGUCGGCACAAACGCCCGCGUGAAUCAGUCAUACAUUUGUUCUGUUCUAGCCUGCGACUGUGGGUGUUGGGGGAUGCGUGGCGAGGACGAGUAAAAACUGAACGUCUUACACCUCCAUUGUUUAAUAUCGAUCUUUGGAGCGAAGUAUAUAGACUUCAUAUCGAAUAAGACAGUCUGCAAUUUCUAGAGUGACAUCGUGAAGGCAUCACAGGACAUCUAGUAAAAACUUACGAAGUAGCUCAGUCACAUUAUCUGUCGUCUACCCUGUGAGUUGAGUGCUGCCGACCUCAGAACCAGUAUCACGGCUUUAGUGGAGACACAGAACUUGCGUCAACUCAGUGCAUCAUGAUAAGUGUCAGUAUUCAGUCAGCGCUACCAAAUCUGCUGUGGCAGAUCGUUGCGGACGUAGAGACCCCACGCUAAACAGUGCUGAGACCAGUCAGAAAGAGCGUGCUUGCAGCCAUUUGGAUUAUAGGUAUGGGAAUCAAAAUAUGCUGCCAUCUUCUAAAAUUCAAGUUCUGGUUUACAGGGUACAUUCAAUGGUAAUCCUUAAAAUUUCCUUAGACAACUUUCAAGUAAGACUAAAUGGACUCGGGUUGUAGCAGUCAUUCUUUAUUACUCAUCACUCAUACUUUAAUGUAUAAUUUAUUAUGGCUUCCUUUGACACUAAAGUGGCCAACAUGAAAGGCUAACCUCCGACUUACAUAUCACUGUGGAUAAACACUGUAGGUCCUUCCUACUCCUAGAUGUAAAGACCAGAAACCGAAAGCCCGCCAUUCCUACCCCCCUUUCACUCCUCACAUCUUCCUGCUCAGGUGGAUGCUCAUCUCUCCGCCGCACUCAAGCGUCAGGCUCUGCUGAACGCCCAGUUAGAACGGGUGCACCCUAACGACCUUGAUGGCAUGGUGCACGCCACGCAUCGGGUUUGCUCCCUGGUUGACUGUCCACGCCUACUGGGCGGUGCCGGGGGCUCCUGCACGUACUGCAAGCUGCUCUUCUGCCCUCAACACCGACCGCCCCACUCGGGGCACGACUGUAAACUGGCUCCACCACCGCCCCCCGAACCGCCUGGCCAGGAGGCUGUAGACGGUAAAGUAAGCAUGGCCUGUGGCGAGGACUACGAAGAACGUAGGCUUGCUCUACGCUCACGCCUUCGCGAUAAGUUAAAAACGCUGGCCGACAAGCGACAGCGGUAG